CGUCAUCUCCUAGCGACUGCUUAGAAUUCAGCUUCGCGCCAAGCACUUGAAGGAUUUUUUUUUACUUUUCUGAUAAAAAACCUGCGACAAUACUGCGAAAAAAGUGUUUGAAAUGGACAUUAGGCUGUUCUUUGCACCGACAUCAAUGAAGUCGGCGGUGCAGAAACCAGCCCCAAAUGGAAACGUCAGAGCAGAAGAAGAGAAGAAGAAAAAGAAGAAAAAUCUGUCUGAAAAGUCCUCAGAUGAGGAAGUGAAAAAGAAAAAGAAAGAGACCACCAAGGUCAAAAGCUCCAAGGCAGGAGAAGAAAAGCGCAAGGAUAGUGAGAAAAAACGAAAGAAGCAUGCAAUGAUUGUGUCUGACUCAGAGGAGGAUGAGGAGCCAGCGAUAAAGUCAAAGAAAUCUUCCAAAGUGAAAGCAACAACCAGUAAAUCCGCUCCACCUCCUAAAAAGAAUCCUGUGCAGUAUGUCUCUGAAACAGACUCAGACAGUGACAACUUUCAGUCAUUGAAAAAGUACACCAAACCCAAGCAGAAUGGCGCUGGCAAAAGCUCAAAGUCGGAUGCAGAGAGUUUUACUCCAGGAGCCAAACAGGGGACAAAGUCUCCCAUCAAGUCCUCCCCCAGCCAGGGGAAACCUGGGCUGAAGAGCCCUCCUGCACCUACAACCCCUAAAUCAGCUCCAUGUCCUCAGCCCAAACAAACUCCCACCUCGCUUCUCGACUACUUCGGCAGCGGUGCGAUUCAUCGCUCGGACAAAAGACUGGUUUCUAGCACAAAACGAAAGGCUCCAACUCAAGACUCAGACUGCCUGAUAAGUGAUGAGGAGAUUGCCCGACAUUUGCAGAUGGAAGAGGAGAUGGAGCUGGAGAAGCAAGUCCAUGAGGAUGAGGAGUUUGCAAAAACAUUAGCUAUGUUGGAAGCGGAGCCACAGUCGAAGAAAGUGCGUAAAAGCUCUGAUGAAAAACAAGGCCUAACCACGACUCCCAAGAAGAGAAGCACUGGUGACGCUGCUGGCAGCAGUUGUAGCAUAUCAGAGGAUGUGAUUAGUCCGUCGCCUGUACCAGUCAAAACCAGCUCCAAACUGGCCAUGAUGAAGAAAAAGGAUGAAAUCAAGGAUGAGGAACCAAAGAGUAAAACACCCUCGUCACCUACAAAAAUGAAAAUCUCUCCAAAAAAGGAGCCCACUGUUUCAUCUGUCUCAGAGAAGAAGUUCACACCCAAACUUGGAACCACACCCACAGCCCUUAAAACCUCUCCUAAGAAACCAGAGAGCACAAGUACAAGUCCAGAUGAUGCAGAGAAGAAGAAGGGCAACGCUUCAGCUUUCAGAAACUACCUCAACAGAGAUGGACCACGAGCUCUGGGAUCCAAGGAGAUCCCAACGGGAGAGGAGAACUGUUUGGAGGGAUGUGUGUUUGUGCUGACGGGAGUCCUGGAGUCGAUGGAGAGAGAUGAUGCCAAAACUCUUAUUGAGCGCUAUGGAGGAAAGGUGACGGGCAAUGUCAGCAAGAAGACCACCUACCUGGUCCAGGGCCGAGACAGCGGAGUGUCUAAGCUCGAGAAGGCGGAGAGUCUUGGCACCAAGAUCCUGGAUGAAGAUGGUCUGUUGGAGCUGAUCAGAACCAAACCAGGAAAGAAAUCGAAAUAUGAGAUUGCUGCAGAGGCUGAGAGCAAAUCCUCAAAGACCAGGACUCCCCCCAGCCAGACGUCAAAGACAACCCCCAAAGCUCAGAAGAUCUCUCCCUCCAAAGGUAACUCCAGGUCUCCUCAUACCCCAAGCCCAUCAAAGACAGGGCAGACACAAAGCCACGGCGCCAGGACCAGCGAUAGCAGCACCCCAGCUGGGAGAAGCUCAGGUCCCACAGCCCGGAGGGACCUGGGCCUUUCUUCCUCCACCUCCUCGUCUUCCUCUGCCUCACAGCCAUCACUGUCAGGGGAGGGCGCCACUCUGCUGUGGGUGGACAAGUACCGUCCACUCUCUCUGAAGACUGUGAUUGGCCAGCAGGGGGACCAGAGCUGCGCUAACAAGCUGCUGCGAUGGCUGCAGAACUGGAACAAGAACCACAGCAGUAACACCAGCAAGCCAGCAGCAGCAAAGUUUGGUAAAUUUGGAGGGAAAGAUGAUGGAUCAGGACACAAAGCUGCUCUGCUGUCUGGGCCUCCAGGAGUGGGGAAGACAACCACAGCAGCUCUUGUCUGCGAGGAGCUGGGCUUCAGCUACGUGGAGAUGAACGCCAGCUGCACUCGUAGCAAAAACAGUCUGAAGGAAGUUGUUGCAGAGUCACUUAACAACACCAGUAUUGAGAACUUCUGCAAAGGUACGUCUCAGACUGUGAGCAGUAAGCACGUCCUCAUCAUGGAUGAGGUUGAUGGCAUGGCCGGUAACGAGGAUCGUGGAGGAAUCCAGGAGAUGAUCGGCCUGAUAAAGAAUUCAAAGAUUCCCAUCAUCUGCAUGUGCAACGAUCGUAACCACCCAAAGAUCAGGUCCUUGGCCAACUACUGUUUCGAUCUGCGCUUCCAGAGGCCGCGAGUGGAGCAGAUCAAGGGAGCUAUGAUGUCCAUUGCUUACAAGGAGGGGAUCAAGAUCCCACCCCCAGCUCUCAACGAGAUCAUCUUAGCCUCCAAUCAGGACGUCCGACAGGUGAUUCACAACCUGAGCAUGUGGUCAGCCAAAAACAAGGUGAUGACUUAUGACCAGUGCAAGUCUGACGCAGCCAGCGCCCGCAAGGAUAUGAAGCUGGGGCCGUUUGAUGUCUGCAGGAAGGUGUUUACCUCAGGAGAGGAAGCUGCCCACAUGACCCUCAUCGACAAGUCCGACCUAUUUUUCCACGACUACUCUCUGGCGCCGCUGUUCGUCCAGGAGAAUUACCUGCAUGUUCGUCCAGCUGCUGCUGGUGGUAAUCUGAAGUCCCACCUGAUGCUGCUCAGUAAGACAGCGGACUCCAUUUGUGACGGAGAUCUAGUGGACAGACGGAUCCGCUCAGGACAGAACUGGUCACUGCUGCCCACUCAGGCCAUCUAUGCCAGUGUGUUACCAGGCGAGCUCAUGAGAGGCUACAUGGGUCAGUUCCCAGUCUUCCCCAGCUGGCUCGGGAAAAACUCCUCCACUAAUAAACACUCUCGGACCAUACAGGAGCUGGCCUCUCACAUGAGCUUAAAGACACUAAGCAGCAAACAAGCGGUAAACCUGGACUACCUGUACUACCUACAACGAGCGCUGCUACAUCCACUUCAAAAGCACGGAGCGGACGGCGCCAGCCAAGCCGUGCAGCUGCUGGAUGACUAUCAGCUCGUCAGGGAAGACGUGGACAGCAUCAUGGAGAUCAGCGUCUGGGGUGGACAGCCGGACCCCUACUCCAAACUGGACUCCAAGGUGAAGGCAGCGUUCACACGUGCGUACAACAAAGAGGUUCACCUGACGCCGUACUCGCUGCAAGUUGUGAAAAAGGGCCGCCGUGGUGGUGGAGCGGAGCAGGAGUUGGGAGAGGAGGACAUGGGUCCGGAUGGUCAAGAGUCUGACGAUGCAGGGGACCGGCUCAAAUCAGACGCAAUGAUCAAACAGAAAAAGACCAAAACCACUAAAGAGUCAAAUAAGGAGAAGAAGGAGGAUUCUGGCAAGGGCAAAGGGAAGGGGAAGGGGAAGGGCAAAGCUAAGAAAUAAGCUGGAGGAGAACUUCCUGUCCUGAUCCGUCUCCACAAACUAACAUCAAUGCUCUGCACUUACAUUAAUCCAUCGAUGAGAAUCAGUAAUCUGGUCUGAAAUGCAGCAGGUGACCCAUCAUACCUUCAUCACUUGGCUUUAACACUUUCUUAAACAUCUGGUGUCUCCAUACUGAUGCACAUUAUCUGCUCGUUCACCUAUCAUGUCUGUGCACACAUCUCCUCAGGAGUAGUGUGCAUUUUUCCAGUCUUUAGUUUGUAGUGGAGGUGUUGAGGAUGUAAAUAAUGUGACCCAGGCGAAGAAGACUGUUAGUUUUUACUGCUACAAAACAGACGUGUCUUUGCUUUUGCUCUACGGUUAGUACUUAAUGAUCCUUUUUCAUGUAAACUGCAAUUUUGUAAGAGUAGAUAAAUAUGUUGCUCAUGA